AUGUACACUGAAUUGAGAAAUAUGUAUCCUAAAGACAGUGAAGAUGAUAUAGUGGUUGAAAGUAUGAAAAAGUCACAUAAAAAUAUGCUCCAAUUUGUUAUACCAAAUGUAAUUUUUAUGCUGUGCUUCAAUUCGAUUCCCUUGAUUAUGAUGUCUGCACAAUACUUUAAAGGCCAAGAAAUAACACUUUCUUUGCCGUACCUUAUUUGGUAUCCAAUAGACGUUUAUGUUAUGCCUUUGUAUAUUUUUAUAUAUGCAUUUCAAGUUUGGGCUAGCAUCGUUGCAAUUGGCGGCAUUUUAGCUGCUGAUUGUCCAUUUUCCCUAUAUACUGCACAUGUUUGCAUGCAUUUCCGUCUACUAGCACAAAAAAUGCGAACAUUGACUUCCAAAAGUGAGCAUAGAUUGUUGGAUCUACAAGAACUUCGCCCUUGUAUAGAAGAACAUCAAAAAUUAAUCGAAAUUGAAAAUAUUUUUAGUCCUUCUAUAUUGGUAAAUUUUAUUGGAAGUUCGAUUAUGAUUUGUCUUUCAGGAUUCCAAAUUACGGCUGGCGUCACAAUUGACGAGUUAAUAUCAUACAUAAUAUUUUUAACAACAUCGCUUCUGCAGAUUUACACGCUUUGCUCAUAUGGAAAUCAACUAAUCGAUACGAGUAGCGAAAUUGCUUGGGCUGCAUAUGAUUCACCAUGGACUGAUGCUAGUAUGGAGUAUAAAAAAUCUUUGCAAUUCAUGAUAUUAAGAGCACAACGUCAGCAGACUUACACGGCGAUGAAAUUUUCUACUGUAUCAUUUGAGAGUUUUGGAGCAGUUCUGAAAGCUUCCUUUUCUUAUUUUACUCUUCUGCGAACGGUUUUCAGCAAAGAUUAG